AUUUACCGCCAGGUACAAACUUGUUAUGGUGGAAAGAUAGAGAAGUAAGUGACAGUCAGAGCCAUGCUUCACGAAGUUCUUCUUGCCUUGACAGGACAUUGUGGUGGUGUUUUUAAGGACACUGGAGAUGGAAUAAAAGUUUUGGAAGACCUCCCAUUUAUCCACCCAUCUGAAGUGAACGUACUGAACCAUCUGUGUCGCUUAGGCACCUUGUAUAGAGGGUUCAAGGUGUUUAUUCACAAAUAUGGAUCAACUCUAAGCUUCCAAAAUGCAGAGAACUCCUUCUCCGGAAACCUACAUGGAAUGUACAUCAAGGCUUUUUGUCAUGGUUUGGAUGAAGUUCUUCAGGAUUACCGACAGUUGCUCCUGCAACUAGAGCAAGACAUCAUUGCCGACCCUCACCUCCCUGUAUCCCAUCUACAGUGCACCCUACAACCAUACCAACUGUUAUUCCCAGCUCUUUCGUCCGUCAUUGAACAGAUAAAAUCUCACAAGGCUCAUGGGUGUUACAUACUGGACAUUGUCCACAAGAACUCUAUAUGUGGUCUGCCAUCUGUGAAAGAGGCUCUGCACAGGGUGCUCCAUGUUUGUCACGGCGUGAUGUUCAAGCAGUUGUGUGCAUGGCUGCUCCAUGGGAGCCUGGUGGACCCAUACCGAGAGUUCUUCAUACAGCAGGCAGACGGGGGUCGUGGUGAGCAGACGGACGAAGACACGCAGGAAACACAAGAUGAUGAGCUUGGCAUCAUGGGAGUAACUGGGAGGCAGUUGCAGCGCCUCCUGAACCUGUCGAGCCUGGCUGGUGAGACUCCAUCCCUGAGUCAGUUCACGGUCCAGGCGGACCUGCUGCCGGCGUACAUCCCGACCAGGGUGUCCAGCCACAUCCUGUUUGUAGGGGAGUCAGUCCAGAUGUUUGAACAUGACAGACACAAGCCUCAAGCACAGAAAAUAGGGUCAAUAUUAAAGAACAGAGAGCAGGAAUUUGCCCGGGCACUGCAUGAGCUGUCUAAGCAGUCCGACUUUAACAGUAUGCAGUUUGAAAGUCUCAUAGACAAGAUCAGGACCUAUGUUGCUGAGCAUUUAUGGGUGUUAAUAGUACAGGACUCAGGUUUAAUGAACCAGAUCCGCAUCAUGAAGGAUUUCUACCUGUUGGGUCGAGGAGAGCUGUACCUGGCCUUCAUAGACCAGGCCCAGCUGCUGCUGAAGGCCCCGCCCACGGGAACAACAGAGCAUGAUGUCAAUAUGGCAUAUCAGCAGUCGGCAAGAAAUGUGCUUCUUGAUGAUGAGAAUUUCUUCCAACACUUCCACCUGACUGUCACAUCUAAAGCUGCAGAAAAAAAGGGUGGUCUGGCGGAGGAUGGAACCUCGGGUGGCACAGCGGAGACAGGCUGGAAGUGUCUGGGUCUCACCUGCACCAUCCAGUGGCCUCUACACAUCUUUUUCACCCCCAACAUCCUGGACAAGUAUAACCGGAUUUUCCGGUUCCUGUUGGCUGUCAAGAAAACACAGACUGACCUGCAGUCCUGUUGGACAUUUCAAAUGCAGCGUAAGAAAAAAACACUGCGAACAGAGGAAGCUCCAAAAUGGCAGCUGAGGACACACAUGAUGUUCCUGGUGGAUAAUCUACAGUACUACCUACAGGUUGAUGUGAUUGAGUCUCAGUACGGCAUUCUUCUGGAGAAGAUCAACUCGACCGGAGAUUUUGAAGCUGUCAAGUUGGCUCACGAACAGUUCCUAGUCACUCUUCUGUCACAGAGCUUUGUCCAUAUGAAAUCUGUAUCCAGCUGCCUAUAUGACAUCCUGGAGCUGUGCUCCACCUUCUCCCGACUUGUGAAUGAAGCAGAGUCAGCCAACAUCACACACACCAUUCCACAGCUCCAGACCAUUGCCAAGAACUUUCAACGUCAGUCCAGCUUGUUAUUCAAGAUCCUGUCUAGUGUUCGAAGUCAUAAUGCCAGCCCCCAUCUUGCCCAGCUGUUGCUGAGACUCGACUUCAACAGAUAUUUCUCUACAGCAGGGGGCCAGCUGGGCAGUAUCUGAGAAACAGGAUUACUGCCCCAGCAGCCAUGAUGAAGGGGGAUGAAGGAAUUGGACAUAUUGAACCAAAAUGACCCGUGUAAUAUAUGUAUCUUUAUUGUUGAGUUACUGAUUUCAUUGUCUGGCGAUACUGUAGCAUGAAAUAAUGAAUCGCAAUCUCAUUAAAAUCAGACCUCAGUUCUCGCUACUGCUAAACAAAGAUCUUAGGACAUCCCAUUAGGGGUCACGUCAGUAUGACCUUUCAUCAGACCAAUCGGAGCAUCGCUUACCAGA